CCUAGCCUAGGUGUGUACACGUCGACGGAAAUGACACAAACCUGACCCAACACAUUGUUCUUCACGCUAAAGAAAUCAUUAGCUAACACCACCAACCUCGCCCCCAAGCUCGUUCACCUCCUUGAUCGAUUGGUGCCAUGGCAGGAAGCGAUGGGGCGACGAGGAGGAGGGCGGUGAGGCGGCUGAACUUCGGGGGGUCGUGGGAGGACAAGGAGGAGGCGGCGGCGGAGAUCGGGAGGCUGGCGUGCUCCGAGAGCGGACGAAGCAGGUGCUCCUGGAGCUCAGUGUCGUACCGAUGCUUUGUCAAUGCUUGUGAACGCGCGGGGGAGGGUGGAGGAGGCGCGCGGACGGCCGCGGUCGGGGCGCUGCUCGAGCUCGCCAGAGGAAUGCGCAGUCGGGUUCUACUUCUUGGUCUCUACCUCAUCUUCCACUUGCAGACUGGAAGCUGAGGACGAAGAUGACGAGGAUGGACGUUCGGGAUUGUGAGGCAGGGCGCUAGGGUUUUCACCUGCCGGUGCAGCCGCGCCGCCGACCAGAUGCAGCGGCCGCUGCUCACCACGGAUCUCCCUCUCGUCAAGCGCUGGCCCCGUGCGUUCUUCUGCUGCUCGUCCAGCAAGGCGCGUGGAGGAGACCCGCAUGCAGCGCGAUGGGCUGCUCGCCGGCGAGGCCAAUCGCAAGACCCGCUGGAGGCGCUAUGGGAUUUGGAGGAGGAUGUGGAGGGAUUAGGGAGAGGAGAGAGAGGAGGGGAUUGGGGGAGAUGAGAGAGGAGAUGAUUGGGGAGAGGAAAGAGUGAGGAUUGGAAGAGAUGAGGUCGUGGGAUUGGGUGUGGAGCUUCCCAAUCGGGGCUAGCUACGAUUUUCACCCACAGGGAUGUCCUCGCUGCAUCCACCCAGGCAACUGACAAGAUGAUCCAUUUAGAAGAAGGGCCCGCGCGCAGUGACAGGCGGGUAGAACCUCACCAUUUUAUGUCUUGAUCUAGUGGGCUGUGAAAAAAUCUUACCUAAAAUGGAUGGCUGAGAUGCUCCAGCUGAGAGCAUCCUAUGGCUGAGAAGCAAGAAGCGCUGUGAAGCCCCCUAUGGGGGCAUCGUUUAUACCUUUAGAUUGCAAUGAGACCGGUACGUCG